AUGGAAACACAGGGUUCCGCUCCCGCUCCCCCUCUCUUCCGGGCGGUAGCCAGCUCUACGAGACCGCUGUACCAGCUCCUCAAGGCCAUCAAUUUCACAAACAAGGUGCACGUCGAUAUUACAGAGAAUGGCCUCAGGUUUGCCGCCGACCAUGCCCGGGUGAUGCAGGGGGUCGCACACUGGAGCAAGAGCCUCUUCACCACUUACACCAGCAAUCUCCCCGCAGAGCCUACCCAAGCCGCAUCCUCGGCCGAGGACGCCGAAGACGACGACGAGCCCGGACCCCCAACGUUCCAAAUAUCCCUCCCUGCCCUCCUCGAAACCCUGCAAAUCUUCGGCGCCGCCGACGCCGCCGCCCGCCAGGCCAAAGCCGACGUCGACCCCUACCGCAGCAAUCUACGCAACUACCGCUCCGACGCCUUCUCCAACCAGACCCUCGGCAUGUCGGGCACCUGCUCGCUGUCGUACGCGCAGGAAGGCGAGCCCUUCAGCAUCGUCCUCGACGAGGCCGGCGUCAGCACGACGUGCAAUCUGACGACGUACGUGCCCGAGGCGCCCGACGACAUACCCUUCGACAUCGAGGACCUCUCCUUCAAGAUCAUCACGUCGGCCCGCUGGCUGCUGGACGCGCUGACGGAGCUGGCGCCCACGCAGCCUGAGAAGCUGACGCUCGCCGCGUGCAGGAGGGAGCCGUACCUGCGCCUGACCAGCUCGGGCGGCCCGCUGGGCUCGAGCAGCGUCGACUUUGCCAAGGGCCGGGACCUGCUCGAGACGUUUGCCGUGCAGGCGCGGUGGGUGCAGACGUUCAAGUUUGACAUGAUCAAGUCGGCCUGCGAGGCCAUGCGCAUUGCCAGCAAGGUCAGCCUUCGCGGGGACGGACAGGGCGUGCUGAGUAUGCAGUUCAUGGUUGAGGUGGAGGGGUCCGGACCGAGCUUUUUGGACUUUCGGUUUGUGCCGUAUGCCGUGUGUGAUGAUGAUGAAGGGGAGAAAGAAGGGGGUGACGAGGCGGGGGAGGAGGAGGGGCAGGAUGGAGGGGAGAUGGAGUUGUAG